AUGAGGAAAAUCAAUAAUAUAAUAAUCAAAGAAACUAAUGAAUAGUAUUUUGGGAACUCCGUGCUAUUAAUCUUUUUAAUUACUGAAACAACAAGUUUAUUCUCCCAAAACAGAUAUUUUUCUCUAGGUAUUCUAUUAUAUGAAUUGUUGAAAGGACGAUAGUUACCUUUUAGGGGCUAUAACGCUUAAGAUUUAUUAAAAGAUAUUGAAACAAAGUUGAAAAGUAUCAUUUCUUACUAAUAAUAGCUAAUUACAUUUAAACUAAUUGAUGUCAGUAGAAAAUAAAUUGCUUUAGUAUUUAGUUUUGAAAAUGCUAGUAGUAGAUGAAGAAUCAAGAUUAAGUUUAAAAGAUUUGUUAAUUAAAGUCAAUUAAUUUCGAAAGAAUGCUUAAUUAAUGUAAAAAGAGAACAUCACAGCAAAAGAGACUAGAUGUAAACCAUAUAAGCCGGAAAAAAUAACAUCUAAAUUCUAUAAAUUAUUUCAUUUUAAUAAUCAAAAAAAUUAAAUUCUAUAUUGAAUUAUAAAUGGGAAAUCAGAUUUGCUGGUGCUAUGCUGAUGAAUAAGAACCUACAGCAAGUUAGAACUAUUAAAAUAUAAACUAGACAAUUUAGGAUGAUUAGUAAAAUAUAUCUUUGUAAUUAAAUAAAAAACAACAGGAAAUCAAAAUUGAACCUGGUGAUUAGAAUAUUUUAAAUAAAUUUGGAAAAUCGAAUAUCAAUUCUUAAAGAGAAAAUGAACUUCCAUUGAAUAAUUUUAUUUUAAGCAAAAUCAAACAAAAAGAUAUUAAGUAUGAACCCUAAAUUAUACAUUUUAAUGAUCCUUUAUCAAAUAUUGUUUCUACAUGGUUCUAAUCGGCGAUAGCUUAAACAAAGUUUAUUUAAAAUAUUCAUAUUUCUGAAAAGCUUAAAAACAAUAAUUUUGAUUAAGAAAUUAGAAAUAAAGAAGAUCUUCAAACUUUAAUUUGUUUAAAAUGGUGUGUUGUUGAUUAUUUCAAAGAACAAAAAAUACCUGAAAAUGUAAUAAUUCGAAAAUGCUUUAAAAUGUUUUAUAAGGCUGUUCAUUAUUGUAUCAACUUUAAGAAACUCUUUCUUGAAAAUCAAAGUAACGAUUGUAAAGAAAACAUUUAACUUUAUCUCAACCUCUAUUAGUAUUUUUAAAGAAUCAUGAAUACUUUUGCAAAGAAGUAUGAAAUUUAUGUAAAUAUUAUGUAACAGAUGUAUAAAAACUAGUUUAAUUUCAUUAAUCAGUUUAAAUAAUACCCUUUUUUUUAGGUAAUAGGAUAUAUGAUGAGAUUUUGGUGUUAAAUCAUGCUUUCUGAUGAUGUUUAAAAUAAGUUAAAUAAUAAUUUUUAAAGUUUGCUAAAAAGUGACAAUUAAAUUCUUAUUUAUUAGUAUGUGAUUUAUGCUUUAGAUGUUAAUAUUAAUGAAUAUAAUGUUCAUUGGAUAGGACAUAGAAAAAAUUUUAAAUAUGAGAAGAGAUUAUUGAUUUAGAAACCUUUUGUAGAGGAUUAAUAAUAAAAAUCAGAAUACUCAAUUUGUAUAGAUCAUCUAGAACUUGCAUAUUUAAAAAAUUAAUAUCCUUUAUGGUAUUUUUAAUUUGAAAUUGAAUACAAGAUAAUUAAAAGUAAGUUUAUAAAUUUAUUGAAGAAUAUGAAAUAUAAUAAAGAGAUUUAAAUUGAUUCUAAUUUAAAGAAGUAAAUCUUAGAUAGUGAAUUACUAGAAUAAAGUGAAGAACAAUAAAAUAGUUUAAAAUAAAAUAAUUCUUGUGAAUUCAAGUAAUAAUCUGAUUAAAAUUACGAAAACUAGUUGAUAACAUUAAAAAAUGAUUUUUCUGAUAAUUGUUAAUCAUUAGAUGAGACAGACGAACUUCUUAAAAAAAAAAAGCGUUUAUCAUAUAUAUCUACAGAAUCCAGUUAUUAAGAAAGCAUAGAUGCUCAAACAAACUUUUCUUCCUUUAAUAAGUAAAAGCUGUCUGAUUUGAAAACUGAACUUAUAAAUAUUGAAAAGAAAUUCUAAGAACGAGAAUUUAUUUUAUAACAAAGAGCAAAAAAAUUAAAAUUAAAACCAGAUGAAUAAAUUGAGUGGCUAAAUUAUUUUGCAAAGACUAGUUUUGAUAAAAUACCUGAUUCAAAGUUUUAAUUAAAAGAGUAUAUAAAAUAGAUUUUAAAUAAAUUAUCAGAAUAGGAUAAUUACUAUAAAUAACAACUUUAAGACUUUAUAUGA